AGCUGCUCUUCCAUAUUCCUAUAUCUUCGUACCCACCCCACGGGUCUCAAUUACUUUCCUUUUCAUCCCCCUGGCUAGCGGUGACCCCAUAAUCGGCUUGCAUCGACUCCACCACAGCUGGGAGUAACCGUCAUGCCCCCACAAUGCUCCCCAUACCUGCAUCGAUACAUCCGCCUUGCUGAGCAUCACCUGGUGAGAUCCUAAACAGUCACUUGCCUACAUUUUCCAAACUGCAAGCCUUCUCAUGGCACCUCCUCGCCGGGAUUCAAUGAUGGCCAACACGACUAAGGCCUCGGGUGGACGUAGCCGUUCAUUUGGUGGAUGUGUAACGUGCCGCAAUCGUCACAUGAAGUGUGACGAAACGCGUCCAUCUUGCUUGAUAUGCAGUCAGGCUGGAUUCACCUGCGGUGGUUACGAAAAGAACAUAUUCUUCAAUCUGGGAGAUAGUUCAAGCGAUGGCGCCACACGGUUCCGGCGGCCUGUGCUCACUGAAAAGGAACGGCAAAGCAUGAGUGGAUGGUUAACGACUACUGUACCGCCAAGACUGGCCAUGCAUACUUUGGCUCUCAUUGACGAGCAAUGUGAAGAGAGCCCUGAGACCGAGGAAAUCCAAAUUAGUCGCGGACCUUUUGGAGCUUUCAGAGUGGUUGCGCCACAGCCAAUUCAAGCCGACACCUCCUUUGCCGACGAAUGUGGGGCGGCUGAGAGUGAACAAGACUUUACAAUCCUCGUUGACAGCCUUCCUACACCCCCGGAGCUUGAGUUCGAGAACGAAGAAUAUCCGGUUCCACCCGAUCUUGCGGUAACCCCUAGGACACAGAACCUGUUCGACACUUACCUUGACUCAUCCACAUCGGCCCUUUCGUCUAUGAUGAUGGACCCUUGGGGCCUUGCUCUCGGGUCCGAUAGAAUAGAGGAACUCUUAGAUGAUGCUGAGCUUGAUACAUCUACAAGUCUAGCCGAAUUCUUACCUCAAACCACUACCGCUCCGAUUCAACUAGAUUCGUCUUUCGAUUGCCAGAUCCCUACUUUACCCCAUGAAGGAGCACUUUCUUACGGAUUCGGCAACACUGUUCCACAAGAUGCAGUCUUUCUGCUCAAGUACUACUCCACUACUUUCCUAAAACUACUAACCCCAUUAUGUCACAGUAAAACUCCAUGGCAUGUCCUAUUUGUUCCUCACUCAAAGGGCUGUCUUGCUGCCCUGACCCUCGGUGAAGAUAUCGACAGCGCCAGCUUGUGUGCUUUCCAAGGGACCUUGGCCAUUAGUGCCUUCAGUCUUGGUCGUACUUCGCAAUCCUCGAUGUGGAUUGAGCAAGCAAAAUCAUACAAAUCGCAAGCCCGCGAGAGCGCUCGAUUGAUGUUGGCUAAAGCGUACGACGUUCCUAAAGCCGCCAAGUACAAAUCGAUUUUGAUUGCUCUUCUCACAAUGGUCCAAUUGGCCAUGAUGUCGGGCGAUAGCGAACAGAUUGAUUGUUACUUACUGGAGACCGAGAAAUUUAUCCGUUUGAAGGGCCUAAAUCGAAAGAAGUCUCGAAAAGUACGCUUACUACACCAUUGCUACGUAUUUGAACGAAUGUUCCAUGAGAGCAUCUUUGUCAGCGGGAUCAAUGGUGCCCAUCGACGUCACGUCUACAAGACUAUACAGUCGAGUGCCGCUGCGAGGUACAGUCUCGACAGUAUAUCUUUCUAUUCAGAAACCUGGAUAAAUCUUGACGAGGGCAUGCGCAGAAUAAAGGGCAAGGUGGAAGGAGAAAAUGAUCUACAUCUCGAAUUUCCCGGUGUAUGGAACUCCACGCUCUAUCCUGAGAUCUUUGGCACAUCCGAAAUCUACAUGACGAUGCUGUCAAUGACGAUCCGCCUCGGACAGCAAAAAGACAUGGGGGAAAAGGAAGGCUCUUUAUCUCUGAAAGAGUUUCUACGUCGUGCAAAAUCACUAGAGACCUGCAUCCACCAACUGAAAACACUAAAUCAUACCAAAAACCAGUCAACGACCAAUCAGCCGAACAUGGAAGAGAUUCUACAGGCGAUGCAACACGCAUUGCUUAUUUACUUCUACAGAAGAAUCUACGAUAUGGACGGUGCUUUGCUGCAACAAUCUGUAGUCAGUGUUCAUGACUGUCUAAUGCGAUUCGGCACAUUGGAUUCGGAGGUAGCAUUUGGCUCCGCUAGGCUGAUAUGGCCUGCUUUCAUAGCCGCAUGCGAGGCUGAAGAUCCAUCUGUCCAGAGGUCCUUCCUCCAAUGGUUCGAGGACUCCGCUACAUCAAGCGGGAUGCGGUCGUUUGAACACAUGAAGUCAAGGCUGGAGUGGAUAUGGCAGCAAAAGGCCACAGCCAAUGGGACCAGUGUGUCUUGGUUGGAAUUGAUGCAGGGAGAGGUGCAGAUUAUACAUGCAGACUAGAGCUGUUUCUACAACUCUCUGUUCUUCCACACCUAAACCUCUUUAUAUGGAUUGACUUGCGUUUUGGAUUUCAUGAUGAUAUUAGCGAUUUUGAUAGCGAAACGAACCCUUUCAUUUCCAGGACGGAAACAGACCAUAUAACUACUACUA